AUGGAGACCAUCGACGGCCAACGUACGACGUCGGCAGACCAAACUCCAGCAGUCUUGAUCGACCAGCAGGGACGCUGCUUUGUUCAAUGUCACCCAAAUCCCGUGCUCCUCGACGUCGGGGAUCAGAGCCCUGCUCCCUGGUCCGUCAAUCUAUCCAGUGGGAACGCCCUGAGCGGACUUGUCCCAAAGGGCUCGCCAUUGAACUUUGUGGAAAGGCCCCUGACGGAAGUCGCAGCCUACGAUGUCCACACAUGGGCCUCUACUGAUGGCCACGGCCGAUCUGUUACGCUACCGCUGUCCAACUCGACCUUCAGUGGCCAAGAGUUUGGACCGGCCGGCUUCCAGCAGCAAGGAUUUCUGACUCAAGAACCCGCAAGUGCCGACGUACUACGAUCUGCGGACCAUGGCGGAUCCAGCAAGUGUGAUGACGACGCCGCCAAUCUUGUCUUUGACUUCAACUGCGCGUUCUGUCUCGCUGAUCACAAGGUCACGACAGAUGGGGGUCACCUAACCCAGCGCGAUCGUUACUUCUUCCGUGCUCUGCCAGGCUGCGGCCAGGCGGUCAAGGGCAGUGACAAUGUAGGACCCCGUCUCUAUGUCGCGCACCACAACGAAGAGGAUUACUCCCAAUUCCGCUGCAAAUCCCCGGGCUGUAAAGGGUGGUGUGUAUCAAACACCCAGACCCUCAACCUACCAGCAAGCCUGAUCCCCUGA